UUUGGUGGGGAGCAGAAGUACGUGAAACUUUCUGAUCUAACAUUUGAUGCAUUCGUGAGAGAAGUGUGCCUGAAAUUUAACAUUCCAGAAGGCAGACAGCAAGAUCUGAAGGUGUAUGACCAGUCUGAUACAGAAGUUGAUGUAGAUGUUUUUGAUGAAAUAGUGGAUCAGUCACCUGGAACCUUUCGAGUUAUGUUGAGCAACAAAGAAGAUCCUGGUGCUGUUCUAUCAUCAUCAUCUUCAUCUUCAGUCGCAUCUGAUGAUACUAUCAUUCUGAAUUUCACAACGUGUGACCCAUCAGAAGAAGAAGCCACUGCUGAAGGAAGUCAACCUAAAAGGCCAUGUCACAUAAAUUAUGAGGCGAAAGCGUUGAUUGAAAAAAUCUUGACAACUAAGCCUGGUGGUGAGCGUAUCAUGCAAGAGUAUGCAAGAACUAAAUGCUUGACAGAUGCAACCAGAAGACAGAUGAUAAACAUCCUUACAGCUGCAAUGACAGAAGCACAUGGAUCAUCCCCUCCUAAAAGUGUCAGAGUGAUGUAUGCUCAGGGGAUCGUUGCCCUAUUUCCCUAUCUGGAGGACCCGUUUUCAAAACAUGGAUAUGAGCAUUACUAUGAUCCAGAGAGCGGUUCAGGAUACCUUGCAUGGCGUUUAAAGACCAUUCAAAGAAAAACUGCAGAGGAAAGGGGUGCCUCAGGUAGCAAAUCUCCUAAAAGUGGUGGACCAGGCCAUGGUCAGUCCAGGGUUUUCACUGCUGUAAAAGUGCUGUCAGAUGAGGAAGUGGAAGCAGCUAUUGCUGUUUUGAAACACUCUGCUGAUGAUGACACUGUCCGUGAGAAGAUGAAGGCUACCUUCCAUUACCGUCAUUCAAUGGUCAAUGAUGAAAAGAAAGCAGCAAACGUCUUCUCUGUCUUUCCACGGUUUCUGGACACCCCAGGACUGAUAGAACAAGAUUUCAGACUCCUGUUUGGCGAAGGCACUGCCAACAAAUUUUUGGAGAAGUGGCCCACCAGUCUCAAAUCCAAGGUUAUAAAGGAAAGCCAUGGCCUGGUACCCACCAAUGAGCUCUUGAAUUUAUUGCGGAAUGCAGAGUUGGCUGCUGAAGCUGAGAAUGGACGAAAGAGGCCGGGUAAGAUGUCUGCAUCUCAAGCAGUGGAUCACCUCAUCAGAUUUCUAAAGGUUGGAACCAGUGUACAACUGCAUCUUGACAAGAUCACGCAUCGUACCCAACCCUACCUCCUUGCCCAGGGAUCCAUCCAAAGCAGUAUUCACACAUUCUUCAUUGUGAUUGACAACUAUGCUAUUCCAUGUAAGGCAACAUGUUCAGUUGGAGCUCUUGAUGAGCUCUUUAAGGCCCAUUAUGUGUUUGGUACGUCAUACAGUGCUCCCUUGACCAACUUCUUCACCUUUCUCCAAACAACUGUUUACAACAUAAAUGUUGGAGAAACAAAGGAAACUCCCAGAGUUGCCGAGUUGAGGGCAAGAAUGCUCCAUUAGCGUGACAUCAAACAAUGCAGUGUUUCAUCUGCAAAUGUGACAGUGACACACCAAACAGCCUUGUUAAGCACCUUAAACUAAUCCAUGGCCUUUGUUCUGGCAGGACUCUCCAUAUUAAAUGUGGUCAAGUAGGAUGUUCACGUUCUUUUGGUAGCUUUUCUGGUUUUAGAAAGCAUCUAAAUAGAUGUCAUCUUAGUGAUUCAUUUGAAUCUGUAGAAGGUGGGGAGUUUUCACCUUACAAAAAUGUUGUUGACACAAGAUAUGCCAGAGAUGUUGAAAUGGUGACUGAAUCUUUAGAAGUUGACACAGAUUUAUCUUCAACAAACAUUGUAAAUAGUUGUGCAUCAGUAAUUUCAGAUAUGGAGGCUGCAGGUGUUGGCCAAAGUUUGGUGAAUUCUGUUGUAAUUUCCAUGGAAGAGAUUGUAAAAGACAUCCAACAUCACGCUAAAGAAACUGUAAUAAAGAAUGUAUUUAGCAGUGAAAGAGAGACUGUUAUGUGCAAGAAAGUUGAAGCAUGUUUUGAAGAACUUGAGAAUCCUUUCACUAUUCUUAACUCGGAAUACAAAAGAUCAAAAUUUUUGUCAGGCAAGUGGGAAACUGUAAAACCAAUUGAAUAUGUAAUUGGAUCAAGAUUUGACACUAGACGAAAUAAGAAGACGGGAACAUAUGAUCAAGUUGUAGUUCAAGACAAGUUCAUGUAUGUUCCAAUUCUAUCUACUUUGGAGUCAAUAUUUAAAAGUCCAUAUUCUACCGAAAUGUUGAAAAGCUCAACUUUUGAUGACUCAACACUUAAAGAUAUUGAUGAUGGAUCUUUUUUUAAGGGUCAUUCUUUGUUUUCAACUGAAACGCACUCAGUGCAAAUCCAGAUGUUUUAUGAUGAUUUUGAGGUUGCAAACCCUCUUGGUUCCAAACGGGGUAUUUACAAAUUGGGUGCAAUAUAUUUUACAUUACGUAACUUCUCUCCAAAAUGGAAUUCUCUUUUGGCUAACAUUCACCUUUGUGCCUUGUUUCAUGCACAAGAUGUUAAACGCUAUGGCUUUAGUGAAAUUCUUGCACCUAUUGUUAAAGACAUUAGAGUUUUGGAAACAAAUGGAAUUUUUAUUCCACUGUACGGUUGCCAUGUUCUUGGAAGUAUUGUGCAGGUUACUGGGGAUAAUUUAGGCCUACAUAGCUUGUUUGGUAUGGUUGAGUCUUUCAGUGCAAGGUAUUGUUGCAGGUUCUGUUUGGCUGAAAAAGAUGACUUCCAAACAGAAUUUUCCGAAGAUUCUUCCAAAAUAGUGCUGCGCACCAAAGAAAUGCACACCGCACACUGCCAAGAAAUGUCUUACAAUCCCUCUCUUCCUUAUAUUUUUGGUGUGAAGCGUUCAUGUAUUUUAAAUUCACUUAUGUUUUUUCACACAACUGAAAACUUCUCAGUUGAUGUGAUGCACAACAUUUUUGAAGGUAUUGGCCAGUAUGAGUUGAAAAUUUUGUUUGAGUAUUUUAAAGAACACAUUACAUUGGAGGAACUGAAUUUGAGAAUACUAACUUUUGACUAUGGAUUCAUGGAGAGGAGCAACAAGCCAGUGGCUGUGAAUUUAUGUGGAGAAUCAAAUGAUCUGGGACUAAAUGCAGUUCAAUCAUGGUGCUUGCUGAAGAAUGUUCCUCUCAUGUUUGGAGAUCUGGUAACAUCUGAUAAUCCACACUGGGGCCUCCUCCUUUUACUACUACAAAUUGUGAAUAUUGUUCUUUCUCCAAUGUUAACCCAAGGUAUGUGUGUAUAUUUAAAACAUUUGAUUGUGGAUCAUCACAAACUGUUUAAAAAGUUGUAUCCACAGAAAAAACUUUUACCAAAGCACCAUUUUCUCAUCCAUUACCCUAGGUGCAUUCAGAAAAUUGGCCCUGUACUUCAUAGUUGGUGCAUGCGCUAUGAAGGUAAACACAAUUUUUUUAAGAAGCAGUUAAAGUCAUUUAAAAACAUUACCAAAACACUCGCUAAAAAACAUCAAAACUAUAUGGCACAUGUUUGGCAAGCUUCAUCAACUUUUAAUCGAUUGGACAUUGGACCAGGGAAAAUGGUAUCUUUAAACAUGGUAAAAGGAGGUUCUGACAUUGCUGAGGCAGUGCGAGUGCCUCUAGAGGUUCAAGUUAUGAAAGUGAACUGGGCAAAACACAGUGGAUUUAUUUACCGUCCUCAUCUGGUUAUUUGUGGCAAAGUUGAAUUUGAAAUGCCUGUCUUUUACCAGAUUGAGUCUGUCUUCAUAGUUAAAGACAAAUUGCUGCUGCUUACAUUGCCUUUAUGUACAGUAUCCUUUCAUGAACAUUUUCAUGCUUAUGAAGUUACUAAAAUGAUGCAAGGUUUUGUUGCGUUUGAUGUCAACCAUUUAUGUUAUCCGAAGCCCUUUGACAUACAAAUGUCAUAUAAAGCAAAUGACACUGCUCUUUUUGUUGUCCCAUAUUGCUAUCUUUGGUGAACAUUGUUUUGAAGAUGGUUAAAAUGACACUAUUACAGUAAUGUCACUGGAUCAUAAAAUUGAAUAAAUGUCUCUGAACUUAAAA